AUGAAUGCGUUUGAUACAGACUCAAGUGGCCAGUUUAGCGUAAUCCCGCCAUCCCGCCAGUCUGGUCUGCCAGAGGGCUCCAAAUUCCUCCCACCGAAGAGACCUUAUAGGAAUAUACCCAUGCAUUAUGCAUGCCAGGCCGGCCUAGACCUUCUAACCUCGCGUGUCCGACUGCAGAACUGCGGCUCGAUCCUAACCUUCGCUUUUUAUCUUCCAUCUCUCCGACAGGCAGCAACGUCAUUAAUUAUACAAACUGAGUUCCAUUUUGACCGAUUUAUGUGGAGAUGUGCUGAUAAUGCCAACAGGGCCUUCACUUGCAGUUCGUUCACGGCCCCAUACUUCAUGAGAAGUAUGCGACAGUCUGUCUUGACUACAAGCAUACCAAGUGACCGGGGUCCUGUCUGCUUGUCCGACUGGGUCGAGAUAACUCAGAGGCCUGUCGCCCGUGUCCGAAGCCAAGCCAAUGGGGGUCGGCUUGCUCUUGAGUUCAGUCCAGCUCUACUCGAGAAGACCAGCGUUAAGGGGCAAUCGGGCCGGUGA